CGCUGUUCUUGUAUGUGGGAGGUUUCAGUCAUCUCAAUUUUGUUCUUUGUUUGGAUUUGAAGAUUGAAGAUUAAUUAGAUUUUCAAAAAUCUAUUAUUUAACAAGACGGGACCAAUUUUUUAAAAGCUUGAUUAGUUCGUUUUUGAAUUCAGACGACAUGGCGACAGAAGGAUCCUCCGAGAAGAUGGAGGUCGACUCCAUUAAUGAGGAUUUGGACCUUAUUAAGUACACUCUUCUUUCCAUUGGCGCCCUUCAAGCUGUCCAACAUAUGCCAUCCGUUAUUAAGGUGGAGGAAGACCUGACCGUUUUUCAAAAAAAGAGUGAAAUCUUGGUCGACGUUUCAUAUUCGUCCGGAGGAAUUAGUAAAAUGAUGGAUCCUUCCUCCCUUGCGGAAUCUUUGUACGAGCCGUUUAAAGCAAGUCGAAUUUGGACCAACGACACGUUUCGGGUCGGUUCUUCGUGCAACGCACUUCUCCCGCUGAGCCCUCCCCCAGACGGUGUAAACUUGUUGUUCGAGACUAGAAACUUUCCCCUUUUCCUCGAACGCUACAAGCUGACUGACCAACUGUAUAGGGUGAUGAUGCGACAAGGCGUCGAACCAUUUGUAUCGAUGAUUUCACUCAAGAACAACGAACAAAAGGCUGAAUUUUACUGGGGGCUAACCUUUCUUGGGAAAACGAGCGCUUUCGUGGCAGGCAUUUUAGCUAGUGUGUCGUCCUUGCAAGAAAUCGGUGUCAAGAAUUGGAUUCUUCCCACGGGCGAAAAGGUCCCUCUGUCAUCCCUCCGACCCACAAUUUUCGAAGUAGUCCCCUCCCAUUUGUUCACCAUUAUUCAGAAAAUUUCCCGCGAUGUGGAGGGUCCAGCAACAUAUUUUGGCGCCCAGCCGGGCGACCACCCUGACUCCGAAUUUAUCCGGUUUGACAUGCGCAAAGUUAUGACAACUCUAAUAGAGGAGGCUGGACAGGCCCGUUUGGUCAUUCGACACGUCGUGCUCUCCACGAAACUGAAGGAUGGGACGGUUUACAUCGUAGAUCCGACGGGAAGACAGUUCGGUUACAAAGGAGCAAAUGGGGGUCUUAUCGUUCACGGGAGGGUGGACGAUUAUAAGGAAAAGUUUCCAGGACUUGUGGUUUCUCAGUAUGACGACGCUCCACUGGAGGCGACUGGUGCGGACGGUUUCAUCCCUGUUUUGAAAAGUCUGCUCGUUGAGCACUUGAAGAAACGACUCUGCGCCUACUGUGGACGAAUUGACGAGAUUCAUCCCAAACAACUUUCCUCCCUUCCGGUUGACAAUGGGGCGGGACUUAUCUACACUGAUAAGGCUUGCAAGUUGAAACAUUGUGGACGCUGCAAGGGAGUCUUGUACUGUGGGAAGGUGUGUCAGAAAUUGAAUUGGGAAAGUCAUCUGCCGACCUGCCAAAGAAUGUAAUUUUAAACAUAUUAACGACGACUCGGAUUCUGAACGGACUGGACUGGAUUCUUUUUUGACUUUGUGAAAUAUAUGAUUUGAUUUGUUACCUUGUAAAGUACAAGUUUGAAUUGUUGAAUACUUAUUUUUUUCUAUUUGACAAUAAUUGUCAAGCCUAUUGUUUUGCUUGAAAUUAAUUGUUUAUAUGUAUGGACUUGUUUUUACAUAUUUAUUAAUAAAAUCUGUCACGUUGUUAUUAAAAGAAAGAACGUUUUUAUGGA